AUGAGAUCCUUUUCAACCCCUCCGUUUGCUGAUCAACCCGCAGUCUAUGGCGCCACAUGUGCUAGCAUCGAGACUUUGGUACAAUUCGAUGGACUCUUUGCCGGAAUCAUUGUCUUGGACGAAACGGAACCCACCAUUAAUCGUCCAAGAAUUGGCGGGAACGGCUUUCAAGCCACUCAUCAUAGAGGAGGUUCUGUGACCAACACAGCAGAUGGACAAUCUUGCCGCGGCCACGAAAACCCCUGGGAUUCCAUCCGCUUCAUUCGCGAUGGAAUGGAGCCUCUUUGGGCCCGUUUUGUCAACGUCGCGGUCAAUUUGAACAACGUGGCCAUCAACAGCAUUCUUGACGACUAUCAAGACGCUAAUGGACUCCGACACACAGGUGCCAUUGCUCUACGAAACGUCUUCAGUGGGCCUGUCCCCAACGAUCUAUGCAAGAUUUUUGCUAUUUGCUGCUUCUCGCAUGUUAUUUCUCAUCUCUUGUGUGAGAGAAACAGGCUAGCCCAAGGCGAUGUCCUUGCUGGUGUUCAUGUAUGGCUGUACACUCUAGAGAAAGAACACGAGCGAGAGGCUUUCAAGCUGCUUGUUCAAAAUCUUUGGCCCGAAUCUCAGCAUCAUCUACAUCGCAUGGACCCGGUACCCCCUUUCCAACCCGGAACCAUAAACCCUUCUCUAAUCAACAUACAACCAACAGUGAUGUCUCCGACCAACCUCCAGAACUUCGCCAAUCUACAACAAGGCUUCGGCUUUUCCCCCGAUCUUUUGAACGAUACCAGCCGGGAUCUGGGGCCAUCAUCGCCUCAUUGGCAAGGUUUCAGUCCAGAGCUAUCAUAUGUCUUCAUGAGCUCAUGGGCAUCGACUCCGUUAUCUACUACGUACGAUUCGCCGAUACCGUCACAAUACGAUGCACAACUGGGUCAGUCGCCUCCAGUUGCAUCAGCCGAUCCCAACACAUCGAGUCAUCUUCAGCAAACCUCUGUAUUCACUGCUGUGGUACAGUAUGUUCAAGAGAACGGUGGCUUCUGGUACAAUCUUGCUGGUCGCGGGUUAGUGUCAAAGGACUUUAGGGAGUGUCAUGCUUGGAGCCAAGAGAGGCUGUCGCACAAGAGAGAGAUACAAAGAUCUUUCAUUGUCCCACUUUCGUCAGAGAAGGAGACGCGCGACUUGGUAUCUCGCAGCAUAGUCACUGUUGCCGAAGCUUUUGUCGAACGAGGAUUGCUACAAGAGCGGGAGGAGAUCGAAUUUUACAUGAAAUGGGUUGGAACGUUGGUGUUCAAUAAUCAAACUUCGUCCCGUGAGUUCCGCGAUUGGAUCCAUGGCUUUCGUAAAAGUUCUACCGCCGAGUUCGUUAUAACUGACCGAUCCGCCAAUCUGAAGAGACACGUGGAGCUGCCGCAUGACAAUAACGGCAAAGCCAAACGAAAGAACAAAAAGUCUCGACGAAACUAG